AUUGGUCGCCUGGGGCCCUGAGGGGGCGUGGCGUGAUGACGCGCGGGCCCCCCAGAGGCGCCGGAGGUAUAAAAGGCCCCUUGGGGCAAGGAAGGGAGCCGCAGUCAGCCUGUGUCUUCUCUGAAGAUGCCUCGGGGUUUCCUGGUGAAGCGGAGCCGGAGGCCGGGGGGCUGCUACCGGGUGCACCCUGGAGCCAGGACCCCUUUGGAGGACCCCUCCUCGCCUUUGCCUUCUUCUUUUCCGGCGCCGAGGCAGGAGGAGGAGAAGGAGGAGGAAGAGGAGAAGAAGCCUCUGCUGGAGUCUCCUUUGGCGGCGGCUUGGAGCGCGGGAAACUCAUCCCAGGCGGCUUUGGAAGAAGAGGAGGAGGAGGAGGCCAAGCCUUUGCUCCCUCGCACGCCGCCGCCCUUCCCUCUGCCCUUGCCUUCCUCACUCAAGAGGCCCCCGCGGCCCAAGAAGCCCAAGGCGGCGCGCAAGCUGAGCUUCGCCGACGAAGUGACCACUUCCCCGGUGCUGGGGCUGCGCAUCAAGGCGGCGUCCACGGAGGAGGAGGCGGAGGAGGAAGGCUCGCGGCGGAGGCUGCUCUCCUCGCGGGGCGGCUUCGUGUGCCAACUGUGCAAGGAGCCCUACGCCGACCCUUUGGCGCUGGCCCAGCACCGCUGCUCCCGCAUCGUGCGCGUCGAGUACCGCUGCCCCGAGUGCCACAAGGUCUUCAGCUGCCCGGCCAACUUGGCCUCGCACCGCCGCUGGCACAAGCCCCGCCCGACGGCACAAGCCCCCGCCGCGCAAGGCAUCGGCAAAGAGAACAGCCGCGAGCAGCACCACGGAGCCGGGAUCAGCACCACGGACAGCGGCGCCUGCUGCAGAAGAGACGCGCCGGACAGCGCCUCGGCCGUCCCGCCCAGCGGGGAGCUCUUCCUCUGCCCGUAUUGCCACAAAGCCUUCCGGAGGCAGGCCUACCUGCGCAAACACCUGGGCACGCACCAAGUUGGAGGGCCCUCCGCCCCCCCCUCCUCCUCCUCCUCCUCUUCCUCCUACAGCCCUCAGCCCCAGCAGAUCAGUUUCCCUUGCCACUUGUGCGGGGCGCACUUCCCCUCGGCGGACAUCAGGGACAAGCACCGGCUCUGGCACGCCGUGCGGGAGGAGCUGCUCCUGCCUUUGGGGCCGCCCGAGGCCCAUGUCGCGGAGCAGCAGCACCAGCCACAGCCACAGCAGCAGCAGCAGCAGCAGAUCUUCUCCUGCAAGCACUGCCCUUCCACUUUCUUCAGCUCGCCGGGGCUCACCCGGCACAUCAACAAGUGCCACCCGUCCGAGCACAGGCAGGUCCUCCUCCUGCAGAUGCCCCUCCGGCCGGGAUGCUGAGACGGAAAAGAACUACCAAACGCAGGGCUCCCUUGGAAGUCCUCCUCCCUUGAAAGUCCUCCUUUGGAAGUCCUUCCCACGUGGAAAGAGAACAGCCGGGAUCAGCACCACGGACAGCGGCGUGAUGCUGGAAGCAUCUCUUUGACUCUCCCGCCUCCCCCUCUUGCCCUGUGGCCUUGUCCUUCCUUCACCUCCUGAGGACCAAGUCCAAACAGGCUUGGUGCAUCUAUCACAGUGGUCCUCAACCUGUAGGUCUCCAAGUAUUUAGGCCUACAACUCCCAGAAAUCCCAGCUGUUAGGAUUUCUGGGAGUUCAAGGCCAAAACAUCUGGGGACCCACAGGUUGAGAACCACUGAUCUAGAAUGAAUAGGAGCCCCCUGUUGCACAAUGGGUUAAGCCCUUGUCUCGGUAGGACUGGUUGGCCAGACAGGUUGGCAAUUCAAAUCUGGGAGCAGGUUAAGGUUGAGACACCCGUGGUGCAGUGGGUUAAACUCUUGUGCUGGUAGGACUGGUCAACCAGAAGGUUGGUGGUUUGAAUCUGGGGAGCGGGGUAAGCUCCCCUCUAUUGAGCUCUAGCUUCACAUGCGGGGACAUGAGAGAAGUCUCCCACAGGAUGGCAAAACAUCAAUCAUCCCGGUGUCGUCCUGGGCAACAUCCUUGCAGACGGCCAGUUCUCUCACACCGGAAGCAACUUGCAGUUUCUCAAGUUGCUUCUGAUACACAUACACAAAAUCUAGAAUGAGUGCAGUUUCACACUUGCCCUUGCUCAAGGCUAUGCGAUCCUGGGAAUUAUACACUUUGGUUUGGGAUCAGCACUCUUUGGAAGAGGAGACUAAAGAUCUUCCAUGAUUCCAUAGCAAAGUAGUCAGGCUUUAAUCAUUCUACAAUGUGAAGAUAAGGCAUGGGAAAGCUUUGGGUGUUAGGAAUUAUGGGAGUUAAAGUCCAAAACCCUGGAGGGCUGAAGUUUGCUCAUGCCCGGUGUAGGUGCAUCUCUUUUCUUCUCUUGGUCCACAUAGGUUGCAUUUAGAAUAGGCAUGGGCAAACUUUGGCCCUCCAGGUGUUUUGGACUCCAACUCUCACAAUUCCUAACAGCCUCAGGCUCUUUUCUUUCCCCUCUCAGCCGCCUAAGCUUAAACAGCUGAGGGGGGAAAGGAAGGGGCCUGAGGCUGUUAGGAAUUGUGAGAGUUGGAGUCAAAACACCUGGAGGGCCAAAGUUUGCCUAUGUCUGAUUUAGAGUGUAGAAAGAAUGCAUGUUUACAUCCUUUUAGCUGCCAUUACUUAAUGCUAUGGAAUCCUAGAAUUGUAGUUAUUUUACAAGGUAGUUUAGCCUUCCUUGCCAAAGAGUGCUCGCCAAACUAUAGCUCUCAGGAUUCCACAGCACUGAGCUGUGGCAGUUAAAGGGGUCUCCAACUGUUAGGAAUUGUGUGAGUUGAUGUCCAAAACACCUGGAGGGUUGAAGUUUACCCAUACCCGGUGUAGCUGCACCUCAAGUUGGAAGAGCACAGCCAAAACGAAUCAACACACUUUGAAAUGAGCUGUGCCAAAUGUUUUUUUUAAAUUAAUGGUCACAAAUUGCCCUUGCUGCCUUAUAAAGGGGUUAUAAUGAGGAGUACCUUAAAUGAAACUUUCCUCCUGCUGAAAUUGUUUCAGCAAAACACACCAAUGCUUUAGGGAGAAGAUACCCCUUCUUCCACCUUAGGACUUAAAAACUGCCCUGCGUUGAGAAAGAAAAAAAGAAACUUUUCUGUGCGCUUAAUACUACAGUGUAGCCAAACCUAGAGCCAUCUGUGUGCCUAACUUGUGUGAGUAAGCUGCCGGGGGAAGAGUGGGACCUACACAAUGUUCACUCUAUUUAUUCCUGUAUCUGGGAUUGAAGUAUAUCUCAAUACUUAUUUACAAGACCAGAGGGGGGAGAACAAAAAAGUCUUUAUAUAUUUAAUUGUUGGAAACAGCUUCCCCAGCUUCUGGUUUUAAAACAUUUAAUUUACAGUGAAGUGUUUUAUUCGUUGUACCCUGUAUUGCAAUAUAGUCAAGAGAUUAGUAGCAAGUCAGCAUCUCAUCCUGUCAAACCCCUACAAGUGCUUCUUCUUCUGUCUGCUCUUGCUCGUUGCUGGCUAUUAAAUUCUGGA